AUGGCUCAGCGGAUCGUCAUCGUUGGCUCUGGUUUCUCGGGCCUCUACAGUGCUCUAGCCGCCAGACGUCUCAUUGAACAGCACAAGGACCAACAGGGCAGCGGCUUUGAGGUCGUCAUGGUUGCUCCUGAGCCUAAGCUGGUCACUAGGCCACGCCUCUACGAGGCCAACGCUGCUGGCAUGGCCGCUCCGCUGAGCGAACUUUUGAACGCUACGGGAGUUGGAUUCAAGCGUGGCAUCGUGGACGUAAUUCGUACCGCCGACAAGCAAGUAGAGGUUGUUGAACCCACUGGCGAGAGAACGAACCUCUCUUACGACCGCCUUGUGCUGGCGGCAGGCAGCCGACUCGUAAAGCCCAAUAUUCCGGGUCUGCGUGAGCACGCCUUCAAUAUUGAUACAAUCGCUGAAGCGGCCGACCUUGAGGCCCAUCUGAAGCGUCUCAAGGCGCUACCCUCGAGCCCGGCGAGGAACACAGUUGUUGUUUGCGGCGGCGGUUUCACGGGCAUCGAGCUGGCCACGGAACUUCCCCGGCGCUUACGAGCUAUCCUAGGGAUGACCGAGAAGGUGAAGGUUGUUGUCGUCGAGAAAGCGGACGUCAUUGGCCCGGAUCUGGGCGAAGGCCCUCGUCCGGUCAUUGCGCAGGCCCUGACCGAUCUCGAGGUUGAGACUAAGUUAGGCGAUGGGGUGGCAUCCAUCGACAAGGGUGGCGUGGUGACGGCCUCCGGAGCGCGGAUUGACGCCAUGACCGUCGUUUGGACAGCGGGCGUCGAGGCCACGCCCUUGACGAAGCAGAUCCCAGGAGACAAGGACAAGCAAGGGAGGCUGAUGGUCGACUCUGACCUUCGUGUUCCGUCAACCCCCGACGUCUUCGCCACCGGAGACGCAGCGUGUGCGCAAACUGACCACGAGGGCAACCACACGCUCAUGUCGUGCCAGCACGCCAUCCCGCUGGGCCGGUCCGCUGGGCACAACGCUGCCGCCGAUCUGCUCGGGAUCCAGAGGCAGCCGUACACGCAGCCGUCGUACGGGACGUGUCUGGACCUGGGCGGCUGGGGCGCCGUCGUGUGCCUCGGAUGGGAUCGACAGGUCUUCAAGUCCGGCGGGCCUGCGAAGGAGAUCAAAGGUUGGAUCAACAGCUGCGUGAUCUAUCCUCCCAAGGCGAUUGCCGAGGAGGCAUUUGCGGCGGCUGAUCCUGCGCUGAACACGGUCUCAGUUCUUUGA